GUAUGAGAAAAAAAUCCUUAAUAAUAAAUAUAUAAUGAACAUAUAAUAAUAAAUAAUGAACAGUAAAAAAGGGCAUAGUAGGGCCCCUUUAAGAUAGCAGGGGUAAAGUAUGUGGAUAGACCAAUCGCCUCUAUCAAAUUAUGCUCCCAAUGCAUAAUCACAUUAUUUUAAACCACAACUCACCCUAUGUACACUGUGAGAAUAUGGGGAGCAUAUUUUGAUGCUUGUUUAUAACGUAUAUUAUAACAUCUAUUAUAGUAGCCUAUAGGCUACUAUAAUAGAUAAUACAAUACAACACAAUACAAUACAAUGUUGCUACACAGUUAAGUACUAUAAUACAAUACAACAGAAUGUACAAUGGUGGCCAGAAGGGGGAGGAGUCGAGGUGGACUCUGAACAGGUGAGUCUUGAGCCUUUUUCGGAAGAUAGUGAGCGACUCUGUGGUCCUGAGAACGGCAGGGAGCUCGUUCCACAACUGAGGACUCAAAACCGAGAAAAGUUGUGACUUUGCUGAUCGACCCGUCAAGAAAGGAAACACAUCCCGACUGCUGGCGUGAAUCGCGACCCACCGAGUUCAAAGCCGUAGAGUGAGGGGCCCGUGAAUACAGGGCAUUGAAAUGCCAGAAUCUGCCAUAGUCAAAUAUCUCUGCGGGAAACUCGGAUCCACAAACCGGGAAGAAUUUGUGGCCAACUUAGAUUUCGGUGACGUCUCGACGGUGAACGUGAUCAUCAGCAACCGAGACCGGUUCGCCAACGCUCAUUAUAAUGGAGAGAAGCGUCUGAUCGCCAAGACGGCUCUCCGACUGUGCAGAAGGCUGGUGUGCGCUGGACCUGGAUGCAGCAGUUUACAUCUCUGUAAAACCUACCUGUACGGCGAGUGCCAGUUUGUUCCUGGAAGGCGGUGUUCCUUUUCCCACGACCUCCACUCCGAACACAACGCCAGACUUCUGAGAACACAUGGCUUGGAAGAUCUGGACAAGAAGGAGAUAUGUGUGUUGCUGCUGCAGAACGACAUGGCCCUGCUCCCCGAUGUGUGCUUCGACUACAACAAAGCCGGAUGCCAGGAGGGCUGCAAAAGGAUCCACAUCUGUUAUAACUACCUGCGUCGUAACUGCUGCUGCUCGCGGGCCCACGACUUCUACGAGCCGCAGCCCUUCGAGGUGCUGCAGAAGAGCCGCAUCCCCAUCAGCCUGAUGGCUUCCAUGAAGCAGCUGUACAUCAACAAGGAGGUCCUGAGUAGCAUCGAGCACAAGGCCAAGCAGGCCGGACAGACCAAUCAGGUCCCUGGGGCCGCUGGAGCUAUGGGUGGUGCUAUGGGUGGUGUCGGUGGUGCUUUUGCUAUCGGAGGAGCUAUGGGUGGUGCUCCAAGAGGUGGAGCUGGUGGAAUGAGAAGACCACCUCGAGAUAAAACCGAGAUUUGCCUGUACUUCCUUAAAGGCACCUGUAGACACACCAUAGAAAGGUGUUUCCGAGCUCAUUGCAGGCUGCCUUACAGCUGGGAAGUUCUGGAGGGCCAUCAGUGGACGCUGCUGGACAGCUCAGAGAAGAUAGAAGAGGAUUACUGUAACCCCAAAAAGACAUACAGCACGGUGGAUGUAGAAGCGGUGUGCUUUGACACCAUGACGCGUGGACUCCAGAAGGUCAGGCGUCUCUCCUCCAUCUCCUCAGUCCUCCAGCCCACCUUCCUACUCACCACUGAGUGGCUCUGGUACUGGGAGGAAGAGGAUGGGAACUGGAACCAGUACGAUUCACCGACCAACAGCAGCACAGAGCUGGAGCAGCAGUUCCAGAACAACCCCCAGGAGGUGGUGGAGUUCACCGCAGGGUCCCAUGCCUAUACACUCAGCCUCCAGGACAUGAUCCAGACCAAUAAGAGUUACGGCACCAAGAGGGUGGUGAGGCGACGGCCUCGGUUCCUGUCCUCCGCCGACAUGCAGGUCAUCAGGACAAGUAGUAGGCCUCCAAAUGGUCCAACAAAUUUCCAAGCUAUGCCAAGACACUGGGACAGGACCCAGGUUCCUGAGACUGGACACAAGAAAGUUCUGCUGCAAGAUUCGUCUGAAGAAUACAAGGAGACGGAGACACUGUUUCGUCAGACGAUGACCGACUUUGACAUUGUGAAGAUCGAGAGGAUUCAGAACAAGAGUCUCUGGGACCACUUUCAGUUGCAAAGGGAACAAAUGAAGAUGAGGAAUGGGGGUCGUUACGUGGCCGAGAGGAAGCUGUUCCACGGCACAGACUCCAAGUUCAUCGACGCCAUCUGCAGCUCAAACUUUGACUGGAGGAUCUGCGGAACCCAUGGGACCGCCUACGGCAACGGCAGUUACUUCGCCCGGGACGCCAGCUACUCCCACAACUACACCGGGAACACCUCGACGGUCCGCUCCAUGUUCGUGUCCCGGGUGCUGGUGGGUCACCACACCCUGGGCGAGGCCGACUACGUGCGCCCGCCCUCCAAGGACGGCGGGGACACCCUCUUCUACGACAGCUGCGUCGACGACAUCCACUCGCCCUCCAUCUUUGUCGUCUUCGACCGGCCUCAGAUCUACCCGGAGUUCCUGCUCACGUACAAGGAGAAGGCUGCGGUCGUGGACGACUCGUUGUCCGGGUUACUGGCCGCCGCCGCGCUGGUGGGUAUGACCGCGCCUGUGGUCAUACCCAGGCCUGGGGUGAAACCCACGCCUGUGCCCAGAACCAAGCCCCCUCAGCAGUUCUCCGGCACUUUCUCGUACUUGAAUGGCGUCCCGCCACCACAGGCCUACCACCGCUACACAACAGCCCUACUCAACCCCCCCCCGGCCACGCAUGUGCCCAGAGCCACGCCGCUCAGAGGUUUGGCUUAUGAGUACGCUUCCACGUACUCAGAAGCCGUCCCUCUGUCCAAGCCCUACUACCCAUUCACAACAGGCCAACCCCCCCCCCCUUACGGCUAUAGGGACCCGCCCCCAAAGGACGAUGACGACUUCUACAACACCUUUGGAUACGAGCGCUGCGUUCGCAAAAGCUGGAAAGAGGACAGCUCGGACGAGGACAACUGGGACGAGGACAGAUGGGGCGAACUACCAUAG